GGAUAAAGAACAGGACGAAAAAGACGCCGAGGAAGCGUUGCGCCGUAAUAAGCAGAUGCAAAAGAAGCAGAUCAUACUUCCAACUAUUAAUCUCGACGAUUAUUCAAUAAAUCCUACCGAUGACACGCACGAAGAUUUGAUCAACGCGCAGUAUGACGACAACUUGGAAGAGGAUGAAGAUGUGAUUGAUUUCAUGAGACUGACGAACGCGCAGCCAUUAUGGGUCUUACCUCUUUAUUCUCUUCUACCCGGACACAAACAAGCCAGAAUAAAUAUACAGUAUAAUAAAUUAAUUGUGAUUCUUUUGACGUUAAUCUCUGUAAUAAAAUUAAUUAAAAGGAUAGACCUGUUUCACGUGGAUUAACAUGGAAAACGAAGGAUUUCAAAAUGUACAAAUGCACGAUUGUCUAAAACGUAUCGUUAUCAACUUAUUAUAUUUGAAACAAGAAUUAAAUAACUUGGAAAUGAGACUGUAAGUAUGAAUAAGAAUAAUAGUUUAUUUGAAAGUAAA